AUGACUUCCAAUGGGUUGCGUCAUCAAGCUGCGACACGACGGACAGCAAAGACGCAAUUAUUAAGAGACCAUUUGUUUACUAUCAUGGCGUCGGUCGAUUUCAGAGACAACCUCCUGGGCAUAUCGUGGGUGGACAGCGGCUGGGUGCCGAUUCUCAAUCCCGGGAAUGUUCUGGACUACUUCUCMGAGAGGAGCAACCCGUUCUAUGACCGAACCUGCAACAACGAGAUCGUGAAGAUGCAGCGGCUCACUCUGGAGCACCUCAAUCAGAUGGUGGGAGUGGAGUACAUUCUCCUUCACGCUCAGGAACCAAUUCUCUACAUCAUCCGUAAGCAGCAGCGGCAGUCUCCAACACAAGUAAUUCCUUUGGCUGACUAUUACAUCAUAGCGGGAGUGGUGUAUCAGGCUCCAGACCUGGGGACGGUUAUCAGCUCCAGAGUGCUUUCUGCAGUCCAUGGAAUCCAGUCGGCUUUCGACGAGGCCAUGUCGUACUGCCGCUAUCACCCCUCUAARGGAUACUGGUGGCACUUCAAGGAUCAGGAGGAAAGAGAGAAAACAAAGCCUAAAUCCAAGAAGAAAGAGGAGCCUAGUUCUCUGUUUCAGAGGCAUCGCGUUGACACACUGCUUCUGGACCUCCGAUCAAAGUUUCCACCAACUUUUUACCAGCCUAAGCCUGGCGAYAAACCAAUUCCAGUUGAGGUAAAGAAGGAGCCUGAACCUCCCACAGAAGCUGCGAAACAAGAGGAGCGGGAGCCGGCCACCAAGUCGUCAGCACCGGCUCCGCCGAGCAAACCUCCGCCUGAGAAGAGGGCGAGGCUGCAGUAACGGGAAAACGGAGCAACAUUGUAUUCCACUUCCUUAACUGAGAGAACAGCUGCCCUCUGGGAGUCGUUGUGCCUCCCCCAAAAAUGCAACCUUGUCUACUUCUCUGCUGUUUUUUUUACUAAACUUGGACAAAAGGGYAUCCAUCUCUUUUUGUAGACUUAGAGGAGAAGCUUAGAGCUAASUGCGUUUCAGGGCAGCUGGACUGAAAACAUGGCCGACCCGGGUUACGUCAGUAGGAUCGUUAUUUAUUUUUUUUGACGAUACGCAGAGUUAAGUUUCGAUUAAGUUUGUUAAAUGCUCACGUAUUAUUGCUAGCUGACUUUUUAAUGUCUGCACACGUUUUUGCUGUUGUCGUUGUAUUGAUUUCAAAGGACAGUUUCAGAGCCUGCUCACUUCCRGCUGUUUCUAAAAAAAACACCACGCUUACUUUAUUUUGUAAUAAAAUUAUUGAGUGAAUGUA